AUGGAUAUGUCUUAUAAACAUAGAGUAAUUAAAAAUUUGGAAAUGCCGGAUAAAUAUACAUUGAAAACAAUUCAGUUGUUGAUCAAAUUAUUUCCUCGAUUGGAACAUUUAACAGUUGAAGUAAACACUAAAGAGCUUGAACCUACAAUCGAAUAUUUAAUUGAAAACAAGUAUGGUAGUGUACAUGGUUUAUUAUUUUUAUGUAUUGCAGGAAUAUAUGAAUGUGAUUUUUACAAAUUGACUGCAUUUAUUCAGAGUAAAAAAUUUAUUCAUGAUGAUUGUGUUAAAUUUGUAGAAUCAGGAUUUAUGUUUAUGGUGGUAAAUCUAAUUGUUUCGAAUCUAAUUUAUUUUUAUGUUUAUGGUGGUCAAUUGGAAGAUCAUACACUUCAAACAAACCAAGGUUCAUACGGAUAUAUUGAUUCGAAUAGUAAUCGAAAAAUAGGUGACAGAGCUCUACUUAUUUCACAAUCAAUGUCUGAUACAGGUUCAACUGGAAUGUGUUUUGAAUUCUUCUAUCACAUUAUAUUUACAAAAAAAGAAGGUUUUCAACCAAUACCAAUGUGGACAUUAUCUGGUCAACAAGAUGAUAAUUGGUUUGAAGGAAAAGUUGGCUUUGUUGUAGACUUGGAUCAUUCACUAUUAAUCGAAGCUAAAAUCACUCAAAACGACGAAGGUGAUAUCGGUAUUGAUGAUCUAUUAAUAACAAAUAGCUAUUGUCCAACAUUUCCAGCAUUUGCUACACCACCCGAUGCUUACACAACAAUGCAGCCAGCCGUAACAACAGGAAUAACAAUACCACCACGUCUACCAUCGGCUUUUGAUUGUAACUUUGAAAGUACCACAUGUCCAUCAUGGACUAUCACAACAAAACCUGAACUAGGAAAUCAACCAACUGGAUAUUAUCUUUUACUGCAACCAAAUAAAGCAGCACCAAGUACUAAUAAUAAUAUCUCAAGUCAACUUCGUAGUGUAUCAUUGAAUAAUAAUCGUCAAUAUUUAGAAUUUUGGUAUUUUAUGUAUGGUCCAAAUGUUGGCAGUUUAAGUGUUGAAAAACUUUCUGGUGUAUUUUCUCAAGUACGAUGGACAUCGACAGGUGGCAAAGGUUUUGAAUGGUAUCAUGCACAAGUUAAUCUGCAAGCAUCAACAAACAAUCCACCACAAUUUAAUAUUGUCAUCGAAGGAACAUGGUCAGAUACCAAUCGUAGUGCAAUUGCUAUCGAUGAUAUUAUACUUCUUAAUGGAACUUGUCAAACAACUUCGGAUCAAUGUGAUUUUGAUUCAGAUGAUUCUAUUUGUGGCUAUCAAUAUGGACUAUCAGGACAAUUUAAUUGGACCCGUGGUUUAGCAUCUGUUGUUCAACAAGGUGUCAAUCCAAAUGUUGACCAUACAACACAAACUAAUGAGGGUUAUUAUAUGUUAGCCGAAGGCAAAAAUCGAAAUAUUUAUGAUCGUGCAUUACUUUUAACACCAGUUCAAGAACGUACAAGUGGUUCGUGUUUACAUUUUUGGUAUUUCUUGCAUGCGACAACACAAAAAAUACAAUUAAAUGUUUAUACAACUCCACAAGGUACCGAUGGUUGGGUUUUUGGUGGUAAUUUCGAUAAUCGUUGGUUAUAUGCACAAGUAAAUAUCAGAAGUCGUAAUCAACCAUGGCAAGGAGUAUUAGAAGCUCAACCUUUGGUACAAAAUCCUGAUGCCAGUGUGGCGCUUGAUGAUAUUUCGAUCACACGAGGUUUAUGUCCAAGUCUAGGAGAUUGUACAUUUGAAACUGAUCUAUGCGGUUGGCAAAAUAAUGAUAUUGAUGCUGAUAUGGAUUGGCUUGUCGGAACGGGAAUACAUUCAUUGGGAACUGGACCACAAUUCGAUCAUACUACAAAUACAGCACAAGGAAAAUAUUUAAUGAUUGAAACAUCACUUCCAACAAAACCAGGUGAUCGUGCACGUUUACGUAGUCUUAUUUUUGAUGGAACCAAUGGAGAUGCGAAAUGUUUUAGAUUUUGGUUUCAUAUGUAA